UGUUAUCAGGAAUCAAACGGAGAGAGGAACCGCCUAUCGCUGGAAAACUUCUUCCUACUCUGAAAAAAGGGGCAAAGUCUCAACGAAACUGACUAUAGAGUCCAGAAGGGAGGAAAGCCCACAGGAUUUCACUUCGACAGGAUAACAAGUUCCUAUUUCACUUUAUUUUUUUCCAUAACUUAUCGAUGGCGCAUCUAGUGAAAUGUUGCCUUCUGGUGCUGUUGGCGUUCUUCAUAACGGUUGUUCCUGCUAGUGCAAAAGGCAAUGAUCCAGGACUUAGGAGACAGAAAAGGGAAUGGAUCAUUGCCCCCAGAAAGCUGCACGAGAACAUAGACUACACUGGUUAUGAGUAUAUUGCAAGAAUCCGCUCUGAUAAGGAGAACUAUACAAGGGUUGUAUACUCACUAACUGGGCCUGGUGUUGACCAGCCACCAGUGGGUGUAUUUAGCGUCAAUCCUAAUAAUGGUUACGUGAAAAUCCAUAAAAAACUUGACAGAGAGGAAUUCGCCUUCUAUCAUUUAAAAGGUGUGGCAAAAUUCACCAACGGCUCCUACGCAGAGAACGAUAUUGACCUUAGAAUCACUGUUGUGGAUGAGAACGACUGCCCACCGGUCAUUAAAGUAGGGCAAGUUGGAAGUGUCAAAGAAGGAAGCGCAGCAGGCACUGUUGUCAUGAAAGUGAACGCUACUGAUGACGAUGAGGCGGGCUCCGUCAACUCUCAGAUCCACUACAGCAUUGUGGAGGAGAGCAACCAUGGAGGGUUGUUCUUUAUAAACUCUCAAACCGGAGAAGUCAUGGUCCAAAGGAGCAGGCUGGAUAGGGAGACACAAGAUACAUACAGGCUUAUUAUUAAAGCCUCUGACUUUAAUGGCCAACGUGGAGGAAACACAGGAACUGGAGAAAUUGUGAUCAAACUUCUGGAUAUAAAUGAUAAUAUACCCACACUGGAAAAAGAAUCGUAUGAAGGAAGUGUGGAGGAGAACACUAUCAAUAAGGAAGUUCUCAGGGUUAAAGCCAUUGACAUGGAUCUGAUUCACACAGACAAUUGGUUGGCUGUGUACGAAAUAGUUUCCGGGAAUGAAGCUGGAUACUUCACCAUCACUACUGAUUCUAAGACAAACGAGGGAAUAAUCAUGAUCAACAAGCCCAUUGACUAUGAAGAACUCAAGGUGCUGAACUUGGAAUUGGCUGUUCGCAACAAAGCAGAGUACAACUUUGGCAGUGGGGUCAUAACAGGAGCCACGGGGUCAAAAUACCCAAUAAAGAUCAAUGUAAUCAAUCAGAAGGAGGGCCCUCGGUUUCAACCAAGUGUGAAAGUGGUGACGCUCUCUGAGGACCAUAGCACCAUCAAUUUAAACAAAGUCAUCACUACAUACGCUGCUAUUGACAGUGACACGCUGAAAACCGCCACAAACGUAAGGUACGCAAAAAUCCGUGAUAAUGACAACUGGUUGAUUAUCGAUGAAAAGACAGCAGAUAUCAGACUGAGUAAACUACCGGACCGAGAGUCAAAGUUUUUGAUCAAUGGAACGUAUUAUGCUGAAAUUAUAUGCAUCACAAAUGAGGUACCAUCAAAAACUGCCACAGGGACCAUAGCCAUUCAGGUGGAGGACUUUAAUGAUAACUGCCCAGAACUGAUAGAAACAAGUCCGACAAUGUGUCUUGAGGAUCAGGUGAUCUAUGCCGUAGCUGUAGAUAAGGAUGAAUUCCCUAAUUCUUCACCAUUUGAAUUCACGGUGAUCAAAGAAAAAAGCGAAGGGAAAUGGAAAGUGGAGAAUCUGAACGAAACUGCAGCCAUUUUGCGAGACCAAGCCAACUUGUGGCCAGGCAUUCACAAAGUGACACUGGAGAUCAAGGACCAGCAGGGGAAGAUCUGCACAAAUGAUCAGACCAUGGUUGUGACUGUGUGUACCUGCGAUGAAAACACUAAAACAUGUUCGGCCCGAAGAACAAAGACUGCAGGGUUUGGAGCUUGGGGUGUCCUGCUUCUGCUCCUAGGACUGCUGCUGCUGCUGUUGAUUCCUCUUCUCCUGCUGUUCUGCCUGUGUGGAGGUGCAGCAGCUAUGGGAGAUUUCAAGGCCAUUCCAUUUGAUACUAAACAACAGCUAAUCUCAUAUCACACUGAGGGGCAAGGAGAGGACAAGGAGCUUCCUCUUCUACAUGCAGCUGAAGUUGAUGGUGGCGCAUUGACAACCAAAGACAUCAACACUGUCUCAGCAAAGGGUUUCCAGGGACUGGCUGAAGCUGGAGGGAUGGCUCUUGGAGGAGGAGCCUUCGGUGGUGGCCUUAACACUUCCACCUGGGCUGAGAACAUGGAGCAAUACAAUCGGUAUUCUCACUACAGUGGGCAGGGGAACAUGGGCUACAUGCACGGAGGAACCAUGACAGGACAAGACCACUACUACUCUCAGAAGAGUGCUGGGGUCUUUGAUGGCAUGGCUCUAUCUGAUCAGUUCCUGGAGGAGUAUUACACAAGUAAGUCCAACUAUACUGCACAGCAAUCACAGCAGAAGGAUGGUUUCCUGGUGUACGACUAUGAAGGUCAGGAGUCACUGGCGGGCUCUGUGGGGUGCUGCAGUCUCCUGGAGAAUGACGACGACCUAUCAUUCCUCAACGACCUGGGUCCUAAAUUCAAAACCCUGGCAGCCAUUUGUCAGGGGUCCACUUUAGAGACAGAAUCUGUGGAUGUAGGGGUUUCUAUCGCUCCUCCCAGGCCGGUGUCUCCGAUUAAGCCUUCCACCUCCACCCACACUCACGUCCAUACUCACACAGAAACACUCCGGGACAGGGAGCGUGUCAAUAGCAGCUUGGUCAACAUGUCUAAUGUAGCAUCUGGAUCAUCCACUGUCGUUCAGGAGGAACGAAUCACAGAGAGGGCCCAAAGGUCAGCCGCCGUUCCAAAGGUACAGGUCCAGGACAAGAUAGUGAUUCCCACACAGACCCUACUCAUCCAGCAGCCUGCUAUGUACUACACUGCUGCACCCAUGUAUGUAGUCGAUCCCAAACCCCAAGUCGUCCUUGUGACAGGAGGCGCCCAGCAAGCAGUGGGUCAAGUGGCUCAAGUCGGGCUAAGUCAAGGGGUAGUGCAGGUUGGGGGAAUCCAAGGCUCUCAGGGUGUGGUCCUCGUAGAUAAGCAAAUAGGAAUGGGAGCGGCAGCCGCAGCAGCAGGACAGGUGGUGCAGGGCGUUUCACAAGGAGCUGCCUCCAGGUCCAGACAGGUGUUAGUGGUGGAGAACGGAUCUGCAGGUAGAGAACAGGGCGCACACCUCCAGCAUGGUCUUAUUCAGACUGGACAGGGGUUAGUAGCACAAGGCAUGGAGGUCAGAGGUCAAGGUGUACAAGUCAAAAGUCAAAGCUUUUCAGUGGGUUCAGCCACUUCUGCGGGGUCAAAUGAGGACUUUGCUCUGACAGCCACACCCAAGAUGCAAGGGAGCCAAAGAGUAGUUGUGCAACAUAAGAAAGUCUCAGUCACUGAAAGAAAUGUUGAAUCGAGUACAAGAGCAUAAAACAACUCAUAUGCAAAAUAUUAGCAAAUGUCACACCUGCUAGGAUUUACUCUGGAAUUUCGGUUUUGAUUUUAUACUGGGAAUUCAGUUUAAUGCAGUUUAGUUGACUACAUGACUCUCAAGGUAAUAGAUAUACUGAAUUUCCAUUCAAAGACUAUUUAGUAAAGAGUUUUUAAUGUUUUUUAUUACCAAAAAGUGCAUUGUUUAUGUAUUCUAUCUGCCAAAAGAAGCUCUGCCAAUUGAUUUGACAAUGUAUAUAUCAUGGCAUUAGUACAAUGUGUAAAACUAACACAGCAACAGAUUUAUAGAGGCAAUAAAUCAUGGGUUACCCUGCCCAAGCUCUGUUGUUACAACUCAUUGGAGGGAAGAACUUUGCUAAAGAUAAUUCCUCACUUUGGUUUCAAUAAUGACCAGUUAGACAAAGAAUGACAGCCAGAGGCACAUAGAGGGGAUGGACCCAGGAAGUAAAAAAAACAAACAAAAAACAGAACAAACCAGUCAGACGUAUAAUAUAGUAUUAAAUAGUUAGCUUGGUUAAACACAUUUUGAACCUUGGACCUACCUGUGUGGCCAAACAGAACAGUGCAAACAAAACAGAUUUCCUACCCGUACUUAUCAUCAUUUAGUAUCUGCACGUCAACUACAUGAUUUAGAAUAAGCACCUCCCAGCCUGGAGUUGGAAUGAAACCACUGGUCUGGUUACAGCAUGCCUUAAUCCACUAGAGGCUGCAUUUGAGAACCAGUCAGGAGGUACAAAUCCAUUCAAAGUCAAUCUAUAGUGCAGUCAAAGCACCCCUACUGUGGUUCUUUACUCCUAGUAAGAACAACAGGAAAGAAAAGC